ACCAGAAACAGAGUCUCCGCGUUUCUGGCGAUCCUAGUUGCAUUAAACGGUUUAUUUGAGCUUCCGUUCAAUCCUGUAAUAGACGACGAUGCCUUCGGAACUCAGCACCACCAAGGUGAUCGUGCACCCGCUGGUGCUGCUCAGCGUGGUCGACCACUUCAACCGGAUGGGUAAGAUCGGCAACCAGAAACGCGUCGUCGGUGUUCUGCUCGGGUGCUGGCGUGCCAAGGGUGUUUUGGAUGUUUCGAACAGCUUCGCAGUUCCGUUCGAUGAGGAUGACAAAGACAAAUCCGUGUGGUUCUUGGACCAUGACUAUUUGGAAAACAUGUACGGUAUGUUCAAGAAGGUGAAUGCACGCGAACGCGUCGUUGGCUGGUACCACACGGGGCCCAAGUUGUGCCAGAACGAUAUCGCCAUCAACGAGCUGAUCCGCCGGUACUGCCCCAACUCCGUGCUGGUGAUUAUCGAUGCGAAACCCAAGGACCUGGGCCUGCCCACGGAAGCGUACAUCGCGGUCGAAGAAGUGCACGACGAUGGGUCGCCUACAUCGAAAACGUUCGAGCACGUGCCGAGUGAGAUCGGGGCCGAGGAAGCGGAAGAGGUUGGAGUGGAGCAUUUGCUGCGCGACAUUAAGGACACGACCGUCGGCAGUCUGUCGCAAAAGAUCACGAACCAGUUGCUCGGACUGAAGGGGCUGAACGCUCAGCUGCGGGACAUUAAAAAUUACCUCCUGAAGGUUGGCAACGUGCAGCUCCCGGUGAACCAUCAGAUCGUGUACCACCUGCAGGACAUUCUGAACCUUCUGCCGGACAUUGCGCAGGAAUCGUUCACCGAUACGCUGUACGUGAAGACGAACGAUCAGAUGCUGGUGGUGUAUCUGGCCUCGCUGGUGCGAUCCAUCAUUGCCCUGCACAACCUGAUCAACAACAAGCUCACGAACCGUGAUGCUGAGGAGAGCAAAAAGAGUGACGAUGCCAAGGAGAAGAAGGCUCAGGACGGCAAAGAGGCGGCCGGAUCGGAGAAGGACAAAAACAAAAAGGAUAGCGAAAAGGAGGGCAAGAAAGAGGACGGGAAAGCAGAGAAGGGCAAGGACGAGAAGAAGAAGUAAGGUUAGGCCGUGUGUAGGUUUUUGUUUACAAAUUGCCACUCUUGUUUUUUGGUAACAAAAUGA